UUGGUGACGGAGCGGCGGCUGUUGGCCCAGCGAGUGCUGGGAAGAAGGCCCCGCCUGGGGCAACGGCCGGUUUGCGGAUCGUGGCAGAAAAGAGGAGCGGCAUCAGAAAAAAGCAAUGCAGAAAUCAGAGUGUCAUGGAAGUGUACAGUUGCGAAACAGAGUAACAGGUAACUGUGAUCAAAGGACAUCAUCAAGCGUACAAACAAAACACAGGACUACAGUUCAGCGAAGCAAAUCCUCAUCAUCAGCCAGUUCUCCGGAGUCUGCAAGAAAACUUCAUCCUCGACCGAGUGAUAAACUUAACCCUAAAACCAUUAACCCGUUUGGAGAACAGCCCCGAGCCCCGUCUGCGUUUGCAGCUAUUUACUCUAAAGGAGGUAUUCCUUGCAGAUUGGUGCAUGGUUCAGUAAAACACAGAUUACAGUGGGAAUGUCCUCCUGAAAAUCUUCCAUUCGAUCCUCUUCUUAUUACUUUAGCUGAGGGUCUGAGAGAGACUAAGCACCCAUAUACCUUUGUGUCAAAGGAGGGUUUUCGAGAGUUACUUUUGGUCAAAGGUGCUCCUGAAAAAGCUGUGCCUUUGCUCCCUAGACUGAUUCCUGUGUUAAAGGCAGCUCUGGUCCAUUCGGAUGAUGAAGUGUUUGAAAGAGGACUGAAUGCUUUGAUGCAAUUAAGUGUUGUUGUUGGCCCUUCUCUAAAUGACCAUCUGAAACAUCUGCUUACAAGCCUUUCCAAGAGACUAAUGGACAAGAAAUUCAAAGAGCCAAUCACCAGUGCAUUGCAAAAGCUAGAGCAGCAUGGUGGGAGUGGAAGCCUCAUUGUCAUCAAAUCUAAAAUCCCAACCUACUGCUCUAUCUGCUGUUGAAUAAGGGAGCCAACAAAAA